ACAUCUUGGAUUUCCAUUAUAUAUGUGCAACGAUUUAGAGAAAUUUAUUUUGCUGUUUUUAAGGGAAACGAUCAAUUCGCCCGAGGAUUUUGGCAGGAAGCAACUCAGUUUUACACAAAGUCGUUGGAUAUUUGUCCAUUAAUUUAUACAGCUACAUAUCUUAGUAAUCGAGCUGCUGCUUAUAUAAAACUUAAAGAUUGGGAGAGGGCUAUCAGCGAUUGUAGUCAAGCAUUGGAAAUCGGCGCACUGAAUGAUAAGCCUUUAGAAAGACGUGCUUACUGUUAUGCUCAGCAAGAAGAGAAAUAUGAGCAAGCUAUUGAAGACUACCAAUCCUUGCUGAAACUGUAUCCAGGAAAAAAGAAUAUCUAUGAAGAUAAAAUUAACUCUUUGAAACGGUCAGUUGAUGAACGAAACGAAAGAAUGAAAAAAGAGAUGAUGUCAAAGUUGAAAGAUCUCGGUAACAUGUGCUUGAGACCGUUUGGUUUGUCAACAGAUAAUUUCCAGCUAACUCAGCAACCAGGAGGUGGAUAUUCGAUAAGUAUGAAGAAAUAG